GACCCAGUCGGACCAAUGGUGGGCCCCGGCUUCACAGGGGCUGGGGGCUGCGUCUGCGCGCUUGGCGCCGCCUCCCGCACGGGGGUUCGGGUACGGAGCGGAAGCCGGGAGGAGCCGGAGCCCUCGAAGUGAUCAUGGGCAACGUGUUGGCCGCCAGCUCGCCGCCGGCGGGGCCGCCUCCCCCGUCCGGCCCUGGCCUCGUGGCCGCACCGCCGCCGCCGCCACUGCCGCCGCCGCCGCCGGGCUUCACGCUGCCCCCCAUUGGUGGCCUGAGCGCAGGGCCCGGCGGCCGCGGAGGAGUCCCGGGAGGCCUCGCGGGCGGAGCCCCGGCGCCAGAGGACGAGGCCUCCUGCUGCCUCCCCAACCCGGGCACGUUCGAGGAAUGCCACCGCAAGUGCAAGGAGCUGUUCCCGGUGCAGAUGGAGGGAGUGAAGCUCACAGUGAACAAAGGUCUCAGUAACCACUUCCAGGUAAAUCACACGGUUGCCCUCAGCACCAUUGGAGACUCCAACUACCACUUUGGGGUCACAUACGUAGGAACCAAACAGCUCAGUCCCACAGAGGCAUUCCCUGUGCUGGUGGGAGACAUGGACAACUGUGGAAGCCUCAAUGCCCAGGUGAUCCACCAGUUGGGGCCUGGUCUGCGCUCCAAGAUGGCUGUGCAGACCCAGCAGUCAAAGUUUGUGAACUGGCAGAUGGACGGAGAGUACCGGGGUUCCGACUUCACAGCAGCAGUGACCCUGGGGAACCCCGAUGUACUGGUGGGCUCAGGGAUCCUGGUGGCUCACUACCUUCAGAGUAUCACUCCGUGCCUGGCCUUGGGUGGGGAGCUGGUUUAUCACCGAAGGCCAGGAGAGGAAGGCACCGUCAUGUCUCUGGCAGGGAAGUACACAGCACCUAACUGGCUAGCAACCUUGACGGUGGGUCAGGCCGGGGCCCACGCCACAUAUUACCACAAAGCCAGUGACCAGCUUCAGGUCGGGGUAGAGUUUGAGGCGAGCACUAGAAUGCAGGAUACCACAGUCUCCUUUGGCUACCAACUGGACCUCCCCAAGGCCAACCUCCUCUUCAAAGGCUCCUUGGACAGUAACUGGAUCGUGGGUGCGACCCUGGAGAAGAAGCUGCCCCCCUUGCCCCUGACGCUGGCCCUGGGUGCCUUCCUCAAUCAUCGAAAGAACAAGUUCCAGUGCGGUUUUGGCCUCACUAUUGGCUGAGCCCAUGACACCGCCUUGUCCCGCCCAUCCUUCCCUCCCUCCGCUCCAAGGCUGGGGAGGAAGGGCAGCUGAGGCUCCCGGGGGCUGGGAGAGGGAGACCCCAGGAUGUGGGGAGACCUUGGGCUUGACCAGGGAGACUUCAGGCUUUUGGAGAGGGACUUCAGCGUACUGGAAGACCAAUCCCCUGCCCCUCUCCCCAUUCCUGGAGGGGACCCCAGGACCUAAGAGGGAGAGACUAUGGGGGAGGGUCCUCAGGAUGGGGCCUGUCCCCCUCCCCACGUAUGUGGUGGAGCCAGGCUGCUGAGAGUGCAAUGUGGGGUGGGCAUCCCUGCCCUGCCUCACUGCUGGCCACUAGAGGGGGCCCCCAUCAUCCUAGCCCCCAGUUCCGUCCAUUCCCUGUGGCCUCUCCCUCCCUUCUCCCCAUGAGCCCUUCUGCCGCCACCCCCUCGGUGUAAAUCAUGUUUAUAAGUUAUGGAAAAAAAAAACAGAACAUUUUACAGAAAAAAAAAACUCACAAAAAUACAUGACUAAAAAAGUGAGUACCAGGGAGGAGGUGCCUUCUGUGCGGGGGGUGGGGAGCCUCCAUUCUCUCCUGCUGUCUGUCUGUCCCCUCCUUCAGGCUUCAGGCUAGAAUGGCCUCGCUCUGCCCCCUCAUUUGUAUCCUGGGCUUUCUGUGUGCUCCCGUCCACUCUUGCCCUUGUCUUCCUUCCGCAUGGCCCAGAUAAAUAAAGCUGCUGCAGCUGGA